CCCUCUACUGGCAGUACUGGCCCUCACUUUUUUGCGGCUUGUCGGCACCGCAUGGUCUUGUGUUCCAUUUCGAUUCUGCUACAGAUUAUCUGUAAAUUAAUUAUGGCUGAGAUCAAAGAACGUACCUUUAUCAUGGUUAAACCAGACGGCGUGCAACGUGGUCUGGUCGGCAAGAUUAUUCAACGAUUUGAAGAGAAGGGUUUCAAACUAGUGGCUUUGAAGAUGUUAUGGCCUUCUGAAGAUCUCUUAAAGAAACAUUAUGCCGAUUUGGCAUCGAGACCCUUCUUCCCAGGUUUGGUCAAAUAUAUGAGCUCAGGACCAGUUGUACCAAUGGUUUGGGAAGGCUUGAAUGUUGUAAAAACUGGUCGUGUAAUGUUGGGCGAAACAAAUCCUAAGGAUUCUGCACCAGGCACAAUUCGUGGCGAUCUUUGCAUACAAGUAGGACGCAAUAUUAUCCACGGCUCUGAUUCUGUUGAGUCAGCCAAAAAAGAGAUUAGCCUUUGGUUUGGCGAGAAGGAAGUGAUCGACUGGACGCAUGCAUCUGAGAAAUGGAUCUAUGAAUAAGAAUCUAUGAUGAGAACUGAUUUUCUCAGAGGUUUCACUACCGUUUCUCUGCAAGCAUUUUCUUAGAGGGUCUUCUCAAGUUUACUGUUAACAUGCAAACAAAUCGUUUAAACAAAGCUGAGAUUGAAGAAAAAACAUUUUCUGACAUUUGUAUGGAAUAAAUAAAAUGUAUAAUUCAUCGAAAAUUUUGAAAUAUUAAAUUGUGGCUAUAAGAUAGCAAGAGAUGAGUUAUUGAAUAACUCAUGGAAAUCCAUAUAUAAUUUACUGAAAUACAAAAGAUAUUUUAAUAAAAUUA